UUAAGGACAGUUCAGACUUCAGGCCAUAUAUAGCAACAAGACUCUUGUUUCAAGCUCAAACCCAUAUCUAGUUGCUCCCAUAGAAACCCUCUUCAAAACAUCCUUUCAUGUUGUGACAAACAAGAGCUACUUAAAACAAACCAUCCAGCUCUCAAAUGGGUUUGCCCAGAAAAUCCCUCACUAUUCUAUCUUUUUCUUGGUUUUCACUCACAAUUCUUUUGGGGUCCUUUUCUUUUGUUGCAACAGGUGCAGAUUAUACUACUGUGGUCUUUAAGGGCUGUGCAGACCAGAAAUUUCAAGACCCAUCUGGAGUUUAUUUACAAAACCUCAAAAACCUCAUGUCAACUUUGGUUUCACAAUCAUCACAGAAAACUUUCUCCACUACCACCUCUGGUCAGGACCCUAAUGCAAUCAUGGGCCUUUACCAAUGCAGAGGAGACCUAACAACAAGCCAGUGUUACAGCUGUGUAAGCAAGAUCCCAGAAAUUAGUGAUAAACUUUGUGGCAAAGCUGUAGCUGCCAGGGUUCAGCUGAGUGGCUGUUAUCUAAGGUACGAGAUAGUUGGGUUCAAACAGGUUCCAGAAACUGAAUUUUUGUACAAGGUUUGUGGGUCAGCUCAGGCUAGUCGCACUGACUUCGAGGGUAGAAGAGAGACGGCCUUCAACAUGACAGAAGAUGGUGUGAAAAGUAGUAACCGAUCGUUUUACACUGGAGAUUAUCAGUCUGUUUACGUUUUGGGUCAGUGUGAGGAUGAUUUGGCGAACAGUGACUGUGGGGAUUGUGUGAAGAGUGCUUUUGAGACAGCAAAAGAUGAUUGUGGUGACUCAAUUUCUGCACAGGUUUAUCUGCACAAGUGCUACAUUAGUUAUAGCUACUACCCCAAUGGAGUUCCGACCGUAUCUUCAUCUUCAGGGACAGGGACAAGGCAACACACACAGAAGACAGUGGCAAUCGCAGUUGGAGGGGUAGCAGCUUUGGGCUUUGUAGUCGUUUGUUUGAUGUUUCUGAAAGCAGUGCUGAAGAAACGAAGUGCUAGUAAACAUGAAGGGUACUGAGAGGAUGAGCAUCCUGAUGAUGGGUGGGUCUGAAAUGCUAGAAAAAGGAGGAGCUUUUGAUACGAGAAAAGAAGAUAACCAAAGUUGGGGGAGAGAAUUUCAAUGGGAAAUGUGAAGAGUCCCCACAGAUACUCGAAUACUGACCUGGUUGUUUUAUGUGUUAAAACAAACAUGUAUAUCCAACUAUAGAGGCUAAUAGUGAUUAAACCAAAUUUGUUCUAUAAUGCUGAUGAACGAGAAUAUUUACCCAACCAUAUACAAAGUUUGUAAGCCAAAGCUUUGCAGCAAAUUUUGAUUUCCAUUGGCUAUAAGUUACCAAAAUAGUCUACGUUUGAAGUCCUUUUGCAAUCAAAG